UUUUUUUUUUUACUCCACAGAAAACAACAAAAAAAAGGAGAAAAGAUUUUUUUUCUGCUCGGGGAAAAAUGCCGCAGCUCAACGGCGGUGGAGGGGACGAUCUGGGUGCAAACGAUGAAAUGAUUUCCUUCAAAGACGAAGGGGAGCAGGAAGAGAAGAUUUCGGAGAACUCCUCGGCAGAAAGGGAUUUAGCAGAUGUCAAAUCUUCGCUUGUAAACGAGUCGGAAACGAAUCAGAACAGCUCGUCGGAUUCAGAGGCGGAAAGACGGCCUACGCCUAGAUCUGAAACUUUCAGAGACAAAACGAGAGAAAGUUUAGAGGAGGCUGCGAAAAGGCAAGAUGGAGGGCUGUUCAAGAACCCACCGUACCCGGGCUAUCCAUUUAUAAUGAUCCCCGAUCUCACAAGCCCCUACCUUCCCAAUGGAUCACUUUCUCCAACAGCACGCACAUAUCUACAGAUGAAAUGGCCACUGCUAGAUGUUCAACCAGGAGGUCUUCAAAGUAGACAAGCACUUAAAGAUGCCAGGUCCCCGUCACCGGCACACAUCGUUGGGCCCUUCUGCUGGGAAUUCCCCGGACAGUCAGAUCUGAGCCUUCACCAAUAUCAUUUGUCUAAUAAGGUUCCAGUGGUACAGCACCCCCACCAUGUGCACCCUCUCACGCCUCUGAUCACCUACAGCAAUGAGCACUUCACACCGGGGAACCCCCCACCUCACCUACAAACAGACGUGGAUCCCAAAACAGGAAUUCCAAGGCCUCCGCAUCCUCCAGAUAUAUCUCCUUAUUACCCACUGUCACCUGGCACCGUCGGCCAGAUCCCCCAUCCGCUAGGAUGGUUAGUACCACAGCAAGGUCAACCUGUUUAUCCAAUCACAACAGGGGGUUUUAGACACCCCUACCCAACUGCGCUCACUGUCAACGCAUCCAUGUCAAGUCUUCUGUCCUCUAGGUUCCCCCCACACAUGGUGCCCCCCCACCACAGUUUGCACACCACGGGCAUCCCCCACCCAGCCAUCGUCACACCCAACGUCAAGCAGGAAUCCUCCCACAGCGACAUCAGCUCCCUCAACAGCUCGAAACAGUCAGACGCUAAAAAGGAAGAGGAGAAGAAGAAGCAGGUCCACAUAAAGAAGCCUCUGAACGCCUUCAUGCUCUACAUGAAGGAGAUGCGGGCCAAAGUGGUGGCUGAGUGCACACUGAAGGAGAGUGCUGCCAUCAACCAGAUCCUCGGGCGAAGGUGGCACGCCCUAUCACGGGAGGAGCAGGCCAAGUACUACGAGCUGGCCAGGAAAGAGCGACAGCUCCACAUGCAGCUGUACCCGGGCUGGUCAGCACGAGACAACUAUGCGGCUAACCAACAGGGGAAAAGGAAGAAGAGAAAAAGGGAAAAGCAGCAAGCAGAGAGCAAUGAACACAGAGAAUAUUUUCCAAACCCUUGCCUUUCACUCCCUCCGAUUACAGAUGCAAAUACCCCAAAGAAGUGUCGUGCCUUGUUCGGGCUUGACCAGCUGAGUUUAUGGUGCAAACCAUGCAGGAGAAAAAAAAAAUGCAUUCGCUACAUCCAAGGUGAAGGCAGCUGUGCCAGUCCUCCCUCUACGGACGGAAGCUUACUAGACUCCCCCCCAUCCUCCCCCUCUUCAGUGGCUCCCUCCCCCUCCUCAAAAGAGUCCAAACCUCAGACUGAACAAAUGCAACCUCUCUCACUGACUAUGAAGCCGGCCCACCAGCCACUCCACCACCCGCACCUCCUGGCUGGGCCGCCGCCGCCCUCUUUGGUUCAGCUGGAAAACUCCUCCUCCUCCGCCGCCGCCGGCAAAACGCCCGGCGCCUCCGCCCACAACGGAGCUCUGGAGCACGGCGACGUCUCGUCCUCGCGGCCGCCGGGCUCCUCGGUGGCGCCGUCGCUGGCCCGGCCCUCGGCAUCGCUGUGUCAUUCCCUCUCCUCGCUCCUCCCCUCCACGGCCCCCCAGCCUCUGUCGCUAGUGACCAAGUCUAUAGAAUAGUCUGCCCUAUUCUUCUCCUCUUUUUUAGCUCUGCUCACACACACACACGCACACACACAUGCACGCACAUACACACACACACACACGCGCACACACCUUUCGAGGCCCUCUCUCUGCUAUAUCUCACUUACCGUCAGUUCUUUUUGUCUUUACGUUUCUGUGCCAUACGGCUUUGAAAUUUUUAGUUUUUGUUUUAUUAAAGUUCAUUGGUCAAUAUUUGACCCCUCAUUAUCAAAAAAAAAACCAGAAAAAAAAAUCUAAUUAUUAUAAAGAAAUGAUACAAUGAGCUGUAGUAUAGCUUUGUGAAUCUGCCAAAAUUUUUAUGACUUUUGUUUUGUCCUUUUUGUAGUGUUCAACAGUGCAAACAGAAAAAAAAAAAACUUAUCUAGUUCAACUUCAAAAUGUUUAAAAGACGGAUAUAAAAAGGUAGGCUAGAUUAUUCAAUGAGCCCUUUUCUUGAAAGAGUUGGUUCUCCUUCUUUAUUUGUAUUAAAUACGAGCUUGCGAACCAAUCAUCUGACAUCAGUGGAAACUCUCGGAGGGCAGGAGGCUCGCGGCGACACCUCUCUGAGGAACGACUUUAAUUGUGAUGUUACCUGUUCUUGUUUAAAUGUACAGAAUAACGGGGAGGGGGGGGGAUUACUGUGUUAAAUAUGCAUUCUUCCACUGCGUUGUCUCUUUUUCUUUGUUGUUUACCUUUUGGGGCGGAGUCAGGCAGGUCGGGUGGGGUUGACGGGAGGCCGGGUGGGGCGGGUCGAGGGUUAUUAAAUUCAAAAUGUCACAACGCUAGGACCAGUAGUAUUUAUUGCUUUAGAGAUUGCUUGUUGUAUCUUGUACGUGUCUCUUUUUGACCCUUUUUUUUUUUUUUUUCUUAAUACAUUGUACAAAUAUUUUUUUCUUAAGGUGAGCAACUAUAUGAAUUAUCCAUUUUUACAAGGAGGUUUCGAAAAGGCAAACCUUUCCGUCGAUGAUUUCUUUCCUCGCUUGAAAACCUGGAUUCCACUCAGUGUACUGUGUAGAUCUCAUGAACAGAAGUAUGCACAACUUCAUUUCAAGAAAUGCGUCUAUAAGCCAUUUUACAAAAAAAAAAGAAAAAAAAAGAAGAAAAGAAAACUUGAACCGAGACAGUGGGUACCGUGUGUUCAGUAGUUGGAAAAAGUGUCUGAAGCCCUUCUUUUUUAUUGCACAGUCACAUCUCUCAGACUGUAGAUUCGUGUACAGAUUUUCCGUGCCAAAUUUUGUGAUAAUUUUCUCUGCCCCUCCCUCCUCUAACCUCAUAGGGAUCUCUCCUUUUUAUUUUUUUUUGUUUUUUUUUUUUGUUUCGUUGUUGUUCGUUUGUUUUUGUUUUUUGUUUUUGUUUUUUUUUUUAAUUUGGAUACCAUUCUUUGCUGUGACGUUACAUAGAUUGCUAUGUAUGUAGUAUAAAUGUUGCUAUAACAAAUGUGUUUGGUAGCAAAUUGUCAAAUAUUAAAAAUUUAAACUUAAUAAAAAGACGGACAUCAUACUGUAUAAACCCACAAGGGCCAAAUUAUGUACAUUAGGAGGUUCAUAAAAAAACUAUUAAAUACAAAAAAAUACACAAACUGCCACUUUUAAGUACACUACUACAUAUAGGUAGAUAGAAAAAAUAGGCAUGUUGAUGUUGCAAGAGGCUGUAAAAAAAAGCUACAAGAGAAUCAUCCACUCGGUGCCAUUGUAGUUGACAUGACGCGACUGUAAUCUGUCGAUUUCUUCUCUGGUUUAUUAAGAUGCUAAUGAUAAAUAGUUUGAAUGUUUCCUUAACGGCUGUGAUGUUCCUGUUCUAUUUUAUGCUCUUCUCUUUUUUUUGUUCGUUUGUUUUUUCCUGUUAUUUUAAAUGGUUCUAAAACCAUGUUUUUUUGUAAUGAAUAAAUGUUUAUGCUGUACAGUCUCUGUAGCAUGCAGUUCUGUAUUAAUAAAAGCAACUUAGUAUGUG